AUGAGAAAGCUAAAAAAGCAGAAAACGAAGAGAAAUCAACCGUUUGGAGAGGAUUUUGUGGAUUUGCGGAAGGUGUUACCGCCGACUGUGAUGCGGACGAUGAUUGAGAAGAUGUCGAUUGAGGAGCACGCGCUGCUUAGAGCAGUUUGUAGAUAUGCACAUGAUGAAAUCGAAUCCUACUGGAGAACGCAAAAAACCUUCGAAAUCGCGCAACUCUUCACAUGGUUCCCACACCUCUCCGACUGGAAUCUCACUUCUUUGGCAGGAAUACAAAACGAGAUCUUCGCUGCAUUCAACCUAAUCAAAUCGGGAAAUUUGCGGAAAUUGAGUUUACGUCGUUUGAGAAAUGUCAGCAUUAAGGGAUUAGUCACGUGUAUUGAGAUGGCCACUGGCGAACCGGCAUCCACAUUUCUAAGAAAUGUAGUGGAACUUGAUAUCCGUGGCUGCCUAAUCCCGCCGUGUCAUAUCAAAAUGUUUGAUGAACUUUUUCCAAAUCUUCAAUCGAUAAUUCUCGGUCCAGACACAAUUAUUGCCGCCAAAAAUAGAAAGCUCACCACCAAAUCGAUAACAGAAAUCACUCACCAUAUCAAUAUUUCAUCGGAAGUCAAGUUUACAGAGAAUGAAAAUGUGCCUGCUGCAGAUAUGCAUACGGCAGCAUUUAUCAGAGAGCACUUACCGGAUGUCCGACAUAUUUUCAUUGAUCUGGAUUCUUGA